AUGAUGUGCCUGUACUAUGACGGCGUCCACCGUCUUUCGUCCUAUCAGGAAGUGGGCCGACAUGCGUUUGGAAAAGUGGGGUUGUGGACUGUCUGGUUCUUCUAUACAAUACUCGUCAUCGGCGCUCCUGUCAUGUUCUUGAUCCUGGCAGGCACGGGACUUAAGUCUGUGAUUGCCCUGGACAUCAGCGCCAAGGCUUGGAUUUGGAUUUGCGCCGCCAUUGUUGCGGUCCCGUUUGUCCUCUUCAAGACAAUGAAGGAGGCCGCAAUUACCUCCGUCCUGGGUGCCCUUGCGACUGCAGUCUUGGCUGUAGUUGCUGUCCGUGGCUCAAUCCUGGACUUGGACAACCCAGUCUAUGCUGAUGUCAACCAUAACCUUGUCAUCUUCUCACACCUCCCCACCGCCGUCGCUUCCAUCUCGAUGUGUUUCGGUGGCAAUGCCAUCUACCCCCAUGUCGAGGAGUCCAUGCGAUACCCCAAAUCCUGGAAUCGCGUCGUGACCGCCGCCCAUUGUACAUGCACGAUUCUUUACCUUGCUGUAGCCAUCCCUGGUUACAUGGCUUAUGGCGACCUUGCCGAGUCCCCGAUCCUCAACAACCUACCCAAGGAUAUCUAUACUACGCUCGGAACCAUCGUCAUCAUUAUCCACGUCCUCUUUACCGCGCCUCUUUUGUUGACGUCGUUUGCCUUGGAGAUCGAACGUCUGGCCGAUAUUACAGUCAGUUCGCGUGGUCUGGUCAUGGAGCGCGUUUACCGGACAGUUUUCCGGGUCGUCGUUGCUGGCGUCUGUGCGUGUAUUGCUUGCACUGUCCCUUACUUUGGACAUUUCAUGUCGCUAUUGGGCGCGCUUUCGAUCUGUACGCUGAUCUUUGUUCUGCCGGUUGUUUUCUACGCCAGGCUUGUUGGAUGGAAACAGAUGAGGUGGUUUGAGUUGGUCUGGUGUGCUAUGAUUGUUGUCAUUGGCGUUGUCAGCGCGGUCAUUGGAUCGAUCGAUGCCAUCCAUGCCCUCAAGGAUGAUUUUGAGAACGAUCCCACCGCCAUUUGA